GCUGCUGCUCGAAUGCGGCAGAGCGCGCGAUACUGGCGCCCUGACGAUUCACACGGAAAAACCGACCGAGAAAACCGAUAUAGCUAUGUGAAACAUUCCAACUGGAACAUUUUUUCAAUAUGAAAUACAAAAUCUUGAAGAGUGAAAGAAAUUGAGACGAUUAAGAACACGUAUGUAUAACAAGAAUUUGAUGACUCUCUGAUUACGUCUGGUGUUUGCAGACAAUUGAUAUGUCUACUAAAGUCGACGUUCGACCGAGACGAGUAUUAAAAGGAGGGAAGUUUGUAUUGUUAUGUACUUAGUUUUAUAAGAAGUAUAACGCGUAAUUUUAUUGAAUUUAAUUGAAUCGUCGAUAAUUUCUUUAAAACAUCGAAGCAAGAGAGGCGCUAGAUCAGUUAGGUACGCGACUGCCCAUCGUUACACGUGUAUAUAAUACAGGUGCGCUUAUGUGUGCGCGUUAAGAAGCAUUAAUUAGUAACGCCAGGGAAAUUAACGCCUUGCCAGCGAUCAUUAUCCCCGAAGUUGAAAGUGCAGCACUCUGUGGACGCAUUUUGUUCGCAGGUAGGAGAACGGAGGAAAGGGUUCGUUACGAAAGAAUCCUGGGAGAGAAAAAUUCCGCGGGACAUGAAUGAAUGACGGCGCGUCAACUUGAUACAGGACUGCUCGCGGCAAGGGCAGAGGCCAUGAGGCCUGUUGAUUGGCCGGCCUUUGAAGGGGCAAGUUUGGUCAGGGGCCGCGAGAGUGCGCGUCCCGCGCGCACUCGUGUUAGAUCUCGAUGGCGACCAAGAUGUGCCUGAGAGACGAGCCGCGAAAUGCCUAGCCGUGCAGUGUCCGAUAUCCCGUGAAUCCGCAGCGGUCCCCGUUUGCACGAAGCGACUGGGUUUAUUGCUUUUGAUGGCCCUCCUCGUGUCAAGCACCGUCGAUUGUUGAUCGGCCGCGGGUGGUGUAUAUGUAUUUCGUCGCGAGUGUGGUGCGUGUGUGCGUCGUGUCCAAGUGUCGAGAGUUCACGCCGAAUCAUCAUCGUCGUCGUCGCCGUCGCUAGAGGAGAACGAGAAAGUAAGGACGAGAGAGAGAGAGCUACGAUGUGUCUGCGUUUCAGCCCGUACCAUUUUCCCAUCGAUAGUUGACAUUCCCGAGCAUGGAACGUCGGUCUCACCGGAGAGACGCAUCGUCAUCGCGGCAUUAGCAAAUACAAGAAGCACCGUCGUCGGAUAUACCCGCGCUGACGACGAUGGACUCGCGCGGCAACGGAGUGAACGAGAGAAAAUUUCGGUGUGGAAACGUUAAAUCGAAAUGAAGCGCGAUGGAGCGGAGGGACGAAGGAACCUUUGGUAAAGAGAAUGACACGAAGAACGGGGGAGCAAGAGAAACGAGAAAUGUCGCUCAUCACCUAUUCUCCUCCCGGUCGUUCUUCCUUCCUGGCUGCAGCCUGUGUUUUUCGGACAGUUCCGAGUACAGCGAGCCGGCGAUCGCCGACGCAGCAAUCUAAGACGCGAAAAAGAGGAGGUUUGGAUUAACCAUGUCUACUAAGCGGCGUCGUGGGCCUAAAUUAAAUAUAAAGCGUAAAAUAAUACGUGAGGGCCAUAAUAGAUAGGAUGAGUGGAUCUCGGCAGAACGAAGCUCGUUGCUUCAAUGAAAACUCUCCACGGCCACCUGUGCCUGGGGAGGAAACAGGAAACUACGUCAGCAGGUUCCGUCCACAGAGUCCAACUCUGACCCCUAGGCGUUCUUCUCUUGCAACACCAACAGCUUCUUCGGGUUGCGAUGCUUCGGCACCUCUGGGAUUCGAACCGGAAGGUUGUUGUAGCAGUGCAACCAUGGAAAGUGACUCCUCGCCUGCUUGCUUGCGGUGGGCCAGGAACCUGCAUUCCCUGCUGCAGGAUCCAGUCGGUUUGGAAUUGUUCAGAAAAUACCUGGAUCAGGAAGGGAAGCCCCAUGCCAAUCCUCUCAACUUUUGGUUCGCCUGCGAGGGUCUCAAGGAGCAAAACGAUCCCGAGAAGAUCCAUCAAUUGGUCAAGCUCAUCUACAGAAAGUUCUUCCUCAAGUCGCAGUUAGCCAUACCAGAAGAUGUAUGCAAAGAGGCUAAUCGUCGGGUCAAAGAGGGCCGGGUUGACGAGAAAGUGUUCGAUGCUGUACAGUUGGAAGUCGAACGUCUCAUUAACGAGACGACCUAUCCAAACUUUCUUCGAUCCGACAUGUAUCUCCAAUACGUUCAGUCCUGCCAAAACCCGGACUCUGGCGGAUGCCCUAGCUCCUCGGGGUCCAGCCGAGAGAUGUCCGUCUCCUGCGGGCCAAGCUUGUUGCCCACUGUCCACGAGGACAGUGAAUUCGUUAGUUCCGUACAUAGCUCGCAUUCAGCUAGCGAAACGCCUGGGGAAUUGAGGGGUGAGCUGAGAUUGACCAAAGAUAUGCUUAUGGCUACCCAAGAAACGAGGGCGAUGGAUCUUCGACGAAAGCCAGAAGCGUAUGCCGGCAUUUAUUUGCAACAUGGAACUAGUCCAUACCACAUGCUCGCACCCAGACUGCACGCACUAUAUUCCUCGUACAACCCAGUAUCCAGACAGGAUUCAGAACUUCAAAGCUUGAGCAGUGAUGCACGAACUGAAUCCGACAAUAUGUCGCUCACCGAUUCAUCAGUAGAUGGAACCUCAAUGAGUAAACAACGAAGUAAAAAGCAGUAUAUAAGACAUUGUAGAGCUAUAAAAGAUUCAGCUAGUUUAAAUCGCGACUCGCUGGCGCAUCAUACUAUCAUCCCGCGUACGCAGCGAGCACCGCGCGACCUCACGCAUCCUCUGAAACCGGCGGAAUUUGCUCAAGUGCUAAUCGGGAAAUUGGAGAACGUUAAACGCGAACGGGAAACACAGGAGAAGCUCGACAGGCAUCUGCAAGAGAGCGAGGCGAUUAACAAGGACGCGCUGACUGACGCGUUGACGGAGAAGCUGAUGAUACAAGAGGACAACGAUCAGGCGAUCCUGGACCAGCACGUGUCGCGGGUUUGGUCGGAUCUGACGCCCUGUCGAUCGCCCGGCGGUCUCUCGUCGUCGAGGCUGCAUUCGCCUGAGAGAAGACGCUCUACGCACAAUUAUCCGCGGCCGUACAAGCAGAGGAAAGAGAAGGACGUGUUCUCCACGUUCUCAGCGGACAGCGGUAACAUUCACGACUUUCAAGAAGGCAGCGAUCUCGUUGGGGCUGGCUCUAUGAGUUCACUGGGAUCUCACUUGCCUAAAUCUAAAUCCGUGCCAUCCGAUUACGCCGAUUCCCUCCAUAAACAGGACCUGUAUCUUCAGGGUCACGAUCAAAGGUUUCGAAGGUCGGACAUGACCAGAAGGUCGGCCACGAAGAAGUCUAUGACGGAAUUAACCGACAGCGGUGUGAGCGUCGUGAGUGACGCGCCGCCGUCGGCAAUUAGCAAGGAUAUUAUAUCGUGGCUUAAAGAAAGUGACAAGAAGGCGGACGUGAAGCACAGCCGACAUGGAAAGAAGUACGGUUCUCGCAGCGGCUCCUUGGAACGAACGAGCAGGGAGACGUGGGGCGUCCCUGCUCAACCUUUCGUAGCUGAUCCGGGAAUGCCACCUUUACCGCAACCUCACACGGCAACCCAGUUAGAAGAAGCGAGAAGGAGAUUAAUAGAGGAAGAUAGGGCACGUUCGAGUUGCAAACAACGUUAUUCUAAUAUUUCUAAACAGUCGUCGUACGAGCCUACAAUGCAAAGUCAAUCUAAUAUCCAGUCGAAUCAGUCAACGUUGAAGAAAACGAAACAAGAUAUCGGAGAUUUUACCACCGUUGUGUUCUAUUUCUGUGACGAACAGUUUCCUUAUAGGACUAAAAUUCCUGGUCAUAACGUCACUUUAAAACAAUUUAAAGAAUACCUUCCUAAAAAAGGCAGCUAUCGAUAUUUCUUUAAAACUGAGGACUGCGAGGAUCUGGACGCCAGGGUUAUCCAAGAGGAAAUAACCGACGAUUCGGAGGUUUUACCGUUAUGGGAAGGUAAAGUCAGGGCGCAAGUCAAGGCGCUGGAGUGAUAGACUGAAACGCAAGGAUAUUCUGGAUGACAAAUGAAAAUGGAACGUGCUAAACUCGGAACAAGUGCCGCAACUAUGUUUAUUUAAGAGGACCAGCAUUCUAUAAGAGAACCACAAUAAGGCAAUAUUCGGUGUUAGUUUAUUGAAAUUGCUGAGACGGUUUCUUCCGCCCAAGCUUACCAAGCAAGUGCUUUUAAUCAAUGAAACGAAAACGGAAACCUGUCGAACGAGCAAACUUGGUAUACGUUUAUCGGCUGAACAGGAAAGAAGGGAAAUGGAAAUGUCUAGAUUUUGUGAAGUAUUUGUCACAGGAUUAACAUUUCGUUCGUCAUUUCCUCUACGCCAACUUCUUCGUCCGGCAAUACCGCUUCGUAUUAUUUUCUUAGAACAAUGAAAACUACGCAUUGCCCUUUUGAUUCUCUACGAUUUCAGUUAAGACUUCCUAACAAGAAUUAAGAGGUUUUGCUACGAGUGAAACAAGCAGAAAUUGAAUUAAUAGCAAUAAAAAGUUGAUCGCAUUAAAUUUUCAUAAACAGUAUUCAUCUGACGGUAACAGGGAUUCGACAGAAACGGAAUAUUAGCAGAAUGUUCGUUUCCGAUUAAUUUGGACAGGUUGCAAGCAACGCCAGGGAAAAAUGUAAGCUGUGUAUAUUGAUUGAAUAAUUUCUUCCUCUUAAAGACUUCCCAUAGUUUUCCAAACGAUUGUACAAAGGCCCGCGUAGUUUCGCCUUAGUAAGGUCCGUAUAGGCCCUAGACUUACAUAGAAAAAGGGACAUUAUCACAAAUUAGUUUGUAAGGGGAUAUAUUACGUGCAUUAUAAAUACACACCACUCUGUUUAAUAUACGUAAUAUAUCGCGCAUUCGAGGAUACCGUGAGGAAAAAAAAUAAUAAUUAAGAACGCAGAUGUUUUAUUGUACCACCAUUAUCAUCCAUUUUGACAUAUUGUAAAAUAAACUCCUGCAUAAUUCAUAAACCAUGUAACUGAGAAAAAGAAGUUGGGAUCGCGCAACAAACACACACACAUACACACACACCCACGCAGAUAUGCAAUUGGCAUCGGGGAAACAAGUACUUUGGUGGAAAAAAAAAUGAUUAAUUAGUGUCUAGACCGUAACGAUGUGUUAUCAGGUGCGAAAAAUUGUGCCUUUUUAGUGCAGUAAGGUCGAAGUAAGCCUAAGGAAAAAAAAAUGGUUAAGAGAUACUUAUUAAAUUGGAGGCCCUAGCGGGCCUGAUAUCGAGAGGAUAAAUUUGAUACAUCGAGCGUUUUGUAUAUAUUUUUUUCCAAAAACUUCAUCGUAGUCUUUGCAAGCUUAAUCAUUAUAGCGAUCGUUACAAUGCUAAAAGGAAUAUUAUCAGCAUUGCGUUACUUCGUUUUGAAACGUCUACGCGUUUCCCGGUAUCGAUUUUUCGUCGAUAUCUCCUCUACGACCUUUACUUUUCCUUUUUUCUCUUUCUCUUUCUCUCUCUCUGUCUUUAACGAUUCUGUUACGUGGUGAACAGCAGGUGGGGAAAUGAGUUAAAAGAUCGAACGUGUGAUCGAAUCUUCUCGAAUGGCCUUCGCACACUGGUUCGAUUGUUGUAAUAGUCGUAGGAGCUCGCUUCCUAAGCAAAUGAAUUGUAAUACUAAUGACGGAACGAAACAGACGACGAAAAUGUAGCAUCUACAUUUGACUUGAAAUGAAAAUGAAAUCGAUACGACGCUGAGGCUGGAGGCGAUGCACCGUGCCCGAUGACGGUUUAUUGUAUGUAAUUGAUUAUCUUUAAUUAAUACCACGAAUGAUAAAGUGUUCCUGUACCUAAUUAAUUAAUAAUGAUUAUUAUUGUAUAUCAAAAGUAUUGAGAAUAAUAAUGCCAUUUUCACUGGAUUA